AUGGAGCGAUACCCUUUGCCAGUCAUAGACGACAUCUUCGCGAACUUUCGAGGCGGAGAAAAAUUCAGUAUCCUGGAUCUACGAGAUGCUUACAACCAGAUUGCACUGGACGAGAACUCGCGAAAGCUGGCUGUCAUAAACACACCACCGGCAAUAUUCCAGAGAACGAUCGAGUCCAUACUGCAAGGCAUACCCGGGGUGCAAGCGUACUUGGACGACGUUUUAAUCGCGGAGACUGCUGAUGAGCCUUACCAUGCAUCGGAACUGGAGGACUUUACGCCAGUCGUCCUAUCCCUAGAUCAGCAGGACAUCGCUGCUGUGCCAACUAAACAGUUGCAAGCACUAACGGCGACAGACGACCUCAUAUCUCAAGUAUGCAAGUACACCCGCAGUGGUUGGCCACGGGGCGUUAAAGGAGACGGCGAGCUCUCAGAAUAUUAUAAGAAGCGGUAUGAGCUGUCGGUGGAAAACGACCUGUUGUACUGGGGUCAUCGCGUGGUGGUACCUACGGCCGCCCGCAAGAAGUUUCUCAUGCUACUGCAUGACUCCCAUCAGGGAGUGUCAUCAAUGAAGGCUAGAGCAAGAUCGAUAUUUUGGUGGCCUAGGUUGGACCAGGACAUCCAACGCGUAGCUGCCAACUGUAACAACUGCGUUCAAGCACUGCCUAUGCCACCAGCACAAACUCCUGUAAACUGGCCGGAGACGGGCGAAAAGUGGUCGCGGCUCCAUAUUGACUAUGCGGGACCUCUGCGUGGCAAGAUGGUGUUAAUUGUGCUGGAUUCACAUAGCAAAUGGAUUGAGGCUGUGCCGGUAGCACAUGUCAAUUCCCGAAGUACCGUCGAGAUCUUGAGAACAUUGUUUGCCCAGUUUGGAAUACCACGUACGGUGGUGUCAGAUAAUGGGACGCCUUUCACGGGCUUCGAAUUCCGUCAGUUCAUGGAGCGCAAUGGCAUUGUACAUAUCAGAACAUCUCCGCAUCACCCACAGAGCAAUGGGCUGGCUGAGCGCGCUGUGCGGACUGUUAAGGACGGAUUAAAGAAGAUUGGAAACGCCGAGUUGACGACCUCCCUUGCCCGCGUGCUUUGUAACUAUAGAAAUACUCCUCAACAAUCCGGACUGUCACCUUCGGAAAGGCUUUUGGGCUACCGGUUGCGCACAAGGCUGGACUUGUCUUUUCCUACCAGGAACCACCACAGUGUCUCGACCAAGCCGACGGAAGACACCGACUGGAAUUUCGCCCCCGGUCAAUCCGUCUAUAUGCGAAACUAUGGAAUGGGCGACAAAUGGACGCCGGGAAGGGUCAGGGCCAUGACCGGUGCUCGACUUUUGGAAGUGGAGACUGAGGCAGGGAUUGUCCGUCGACAUAUGGACCAAGUACGAAGGUGCGACAAAGGAUUGUUUUUGGAGAGCAACGACACUCGGGAAUCGGCGCUACCUGACAACAAAGCGACGACCGAAGACGCCAAGGACGCGUCUGCAGAAGCACUACUACGACGGUCAACGAGAACAAAAAAACCGGUGGACCGUUAUGGUUACUAA